AAAGCAUCGAGGCAGGACGGCGGUCGGAGGCAGCGUUGAAGGGCGCCUCAAGCAAGGGAUGGCUUUCCCCCCCUCCUGGCUCAUGUUAUUGAAUUAAAUUUUGUGUCAUGGAUGAUGCUGCUUUGUCACUUGGAGCGAUAGAUGUUUCUUAUUCAUCAUCUUCAGCAGAAUGCACUGUAUCUAGAUGUAAACACUCCAAUGAAGAAUGGGGAGAAUGCAAUUCUAGGCCUACUGUCUUUCGAUCAGCCACUCUGAAAUGGAAAGAAACUCUACUGGGCAGGAAAAGACCAUUUGUGGGACGUUGUUGCUAUGUAUGCACUCCCCAAAGCUGGGAUAAGCUUUUUAAUGCUAGUAUCCCUUCUUUGGGCCUUCGUAAUGUAAUCUAUAUUAAUGAAACACACACACGGCACAGAGGGUGGCUUGCCAGGCGGCUCUCUUAUGUUCUUUUUGUACAAGAACGAGAUGUUCAUCAGCAAAUGUUUGCAAAUAAUGUGACAGAAAAUGUGCUGAACAGAAGCAGAGUGCAGAAUGCCAUUAUAGAGGAGGCUUCAGAAAUGUCUGCUGUAGGUGGUUCUGGUCAUCUGGACCCCAGGAUCCUCAGUAAGGUUAAGAAGAAAGCUAGAAGAAUUCUUCAGGAAAUGGUAGCAAAUGUCUCACCUUUUUUGAUUAGAUUAACAGGAUGGGUACUGCUGAAAUUAUUUAACAGCUUUUUUUGGAAUAUCCAGAUUCAUAAAGGCCAGUUGGAGAUGGUGAAAGCAGCAACUGAGCUGAAUUUGCCACUUAUCUUCUUACCUGUGCACAAAUCUCAUAUUGACUACCUACUUCUCACAUUCAUUCUUUUCUGCCAUAACAUCAAGGCACCCUACAUUGCAGCAGGGAAUAACUUGAAUAUCCCCAUUUUCAGCACCUUAAUCCGUAAGCUUGGAGGAUUUUUUAUUCGGCGAAAGUUGGAUGAAAGGUCCGAUGGCCGUAAAGAUGUUCUGUACAGAGCCUUAUUGCAUGUGCAUGUCCAAGAGUUGCUUCAACAACAGCAGUUCUUAGAGAUAUUCUUGGAAGGCACACGAUCUCGGAGUGGAAAGACAUCUUAUGCAAGGGCAGGCCUGUUAUCUGUGGUGGUGGAUGCUCUUUAUACAAAUGCUGCUCCUGAUAUACUAAUUAUACCUGUGGGAAUAUCCUAUGACAGGAUAAUUGAAGGUCACUAUAAUAGUGAACAGUUGGGAAAGCCCAAAAAGAAUGAAAGCCUUUGGAGUGUAACCAGAGGAGUUUUCCGAAUGCUACGGAAGAAUUAUGGAUGUGUUAGAGUAGACUUCGCACAGCCAUUUUCUUUAAAAGAGUAUUUAGAUGGUCAAAGCCAGAAACCUGUGCCUAUUCCCCUUUCUCUGGCGCAAACGUUGUUACCAGCUGUACUACCUUCAAGGCCUAAUUAUGUAGUAGCAGAAGGUACAGAAGCUACCAUUCCUAAUUCCGGGGAUUUACCGAGUGAACCCUUGAGAAGACAAUUAAUAGCUAACUUGGCAGAGCACAUAAUGUUCACUGCUAACAAGUCAUGCGCUGUGAUGUCAACACACAUUGUUGCCUGUUUGCUGCUCUAUCGACACAGGCAGGGAAUUGAUCUUUCCAAGCUGGUAGAAGAUUUCUUUUCCAUGAAGGAGGAAGUCUUGGCUCGAGACUAUGACUUGGGAUUUUCAGGGAAUUCUGAAGAUGUGGUCAUGCAUGCUAUUCAUCUGUUGGGGAAUUGUAUUACUAUCACAAACACCAGCCGGAAUAAUGAUGAGUUCUUUAUCACUCCCAGCACAUCUGUUCCUGCUGUCUUUGAACUAAGCUUUUACAGCAAUGGGGUAUUGCAUGUCUUCUUCAAAGAGGCUAUCAUUGCUUGCAGUCUUCAUGCAAUACAGAAUAAAAGGUACAGAAAUGGCAUCAAUGGAAUUCCACCUAAUAUGAUUAGUCAGGAACAACUGGUCCGCAAAGCUGCCAGCUUAUGUUAUUUGCUUUCCAAUGAAGGGACUGUUUCAUUGCCAUGCCAGCUGUUAUGUCAAGUGUGCCAUGAAGCAAUUGAGCAGUUCAUACAAUACGGUAUUCUUUUGGUGGCAGAGCAGGAUGAACAAGAAGAUAUUAGUUCUACCCUUGCAGAGCAGAACUGGGAAAAGAAACUUCCAGAACCAUUAUCUUGGAGGAGUGAUGAGGAAGAUGAAGACAGUGACUUUGGUGAAGAGCAGCGGGAUUGUUACUUGAAGGUGAGCCAAUCACAGGAACACCAGCAGUAUAUAACCUUCCUGCAGAAGCUACUGGGGCCCUUAUUGGAAGCAUAUAGUUCUGCAGCCAUCUUUAUCCAUAAUUUCAGUGGUCCUGUCAGGGAAUCAGAAUAUCUGCAAAAAUUACACAAAUACUUAAUAACCAGGACUGAAAAAAAUGUUGCAGUAUAUGCUGAGAGUGCCACUUACUGCCUUGCUAAGAAUGCAGUGAAAGUCUUCAAGGACAUGGGGGUGUUUAAGGAGACAAAGCAGAAGCGAGACUCUAUUCUGGAACUAAGCAGCACUUUCCUACCUCAUUGUCAUCGGCAAAAACUACUGGAAUUCAUUCUGGGUUUUGUUGUUCUGUAGAACACAUCUGUUGACAUUGCCAUUCAGAAGAUUGGCAGAUUUGGUGAAUGUGACCCAAAACUUCAGAGCUUUUGCUUCUUCUAUACUGUAUACAGUGCCAUUUUUGGUAAGGCCUUAUCUGACCCAAGUUGCUGGAAGACAAGUGCCUUCGUACAUAUGCAUGUCUGGACCUAUACAAUUUGGUAACACAAUUAAGCACUUAAAAGAUUUUGAAUGCAUAUGAUAAGCCAUGAUUGCAAAAAAAAAGAAAGAAAAAAAAAGAAAUUGCUAGUUUUUACAUGAACCUGUACGGACAUAAUACAUUUUUACACUACUAAGUAUUACAUCAAGACUAAUGACUGUGACAAAUGCACAAACAUUUACCAGCAAUCUGUCAUUAAUACUGUGGUUUUGAAUAUCAGUCUAAUGUGAGAAGUUUGCAGGUCUUGUCAGCAGGAACAACCCCUUCUAUUCAUUAUUGCAAAUAAAAGGCUUAAAAGAGAAUUGAAUGCUGUGAGGGAAAGAUUUAAAUAUUUUGUAAUUAUGAUUAUUUAUGGCAACAUAUUAAAUAAAAAUAAUAGAGUAACUGCUAUGUAUCUGAUCAAGGAUCAAUUGGAUAAUAACCAAUGAACACACAAAAUCUAUGGCAGAAUGAGAGCGUAUUAUAUUAAAUUCUUCUCCCCAGCUGGAAUAGAGAAGUAAUACAUUAGUGUAUUAAGCUCCUGAACCACUAGCAAUUUUUAUCAGGACUACUAAGAUGCUUGAAACCAACCUGUUUUCAGGUGCAUAUCAGUCAGUUUACUGCUUUGGGGCCUUUCAUUUUCUCAAGUUAAACUCUAUAUUUCAGGUGGAGUAUUGAAGAGUUUCGUAUGUGAAUUAACCCAUGCUAAUUUUGACUAAUAUUAGGUGGAGAGUCAGUCUUUAUCAUAAAUAUCUUGCAAGCAAGCACAAAAGAUACAUUUAUAUGACUAGGUAUAAUACAUACUUAGGAUUAAGUUUUCAUGCCACUAAUACCUGAACAGCCCCUUGGAAAUCUGUAAUUACUCCAGACUGUAGAUUAUACUGUGAGACCUGCAGUUUUACACGUUUGAUGUUAGCUGAAGCAAUAAGCAUGGCAUUAGUUCUUAAGAACAAUGGGAUAUUUUCCCUUUUCUGCCUUAUCAAUGUGUUUUUUAAAAAAAACCUCAGUGUUCUUUCAGUUGGAGAUUGGGAAACGAUUGCAUAUGAAUGUUCAUUUGAGUUUUGUUUAAGUAGCCCAAAUUACAAAUACAUUGUGUAUUCACUCCAGCACAGAGAUUUUAUACACAGUGUUAGUCUGUGCUUAAUCCAUAGUUGCGUGUUUUAUUCUAUACUUAUUCAAGUAAUAUCUUUUAAACUCUGUUUGCAGAUAAAAGCAAUUAAUGGGCUGCAAUGUUUGUCAGUAUUCCCAAGCAGUUCCCCAUAAGAGAAACUGCUAUGCAUGUUUCCCUUCAUUAAAUAGGUGCUUUGAAACACUUUAAGAUGAAUUUCUAAACCAAAGUUGCAUCGUGUCAGUGACAGAAGCAAGCCGUGAAACUGAAUUUAUCAUUUUGUCCUUUUAAAAUUUCUAGCAAGAUAGUAGCUGAUAUGUUCUUAUAAAGCCUACUAGCUACUUGCAGUAAUUAUAUCUCAUCCUUGCUAAUGUGCACUACUUGUUAAAUAUGAAUGUAUUGUUUUAAUGGCAAUGUGGUUCGAUAAGUAGGUGCUUGCAAAUAAAUAACUUCCCUUUGUCUUUCCACAUGUUGGUAAGUAUAUAAUAUAUGCUAGAAUGAAGAGUGUGUAUUAAAAAAUGAAGCAAGCAAUAUAUUACAGAUGAUGCGUAGCUAAUUUUAAUGAAAAUUGUCUGUACUUUAAAAGAAAUGAGGAUUUAGGACUUAGUUGGAACAUCAGCAAGUAAUUGCUUGGUUUGUCACUAAUGAAAAUAAUUUAUUUAUUAAAAUGUUCUGUGUUGCACUGCGCUACUGAGUUUAUGUUGGUAUGUGCAGUAUAUUGUAAUUUUUGGAUGUGAGAAGAUGCUGUUAAACGUAGAUUUUUGUAAGUGGGGAGCCUUUGCAUGUGCAGAAAUGUCAAGCUGUGAGCAUUGUGCAGGGGGCAGGAAGAGAUACCCAUCUGUGGCAUGGCACUGGAUAUGCACAUAGUAGCAUGUGAGCUGGUUUUGCUGUUUUCUUAAGGCAAAGCAGAGAGUUCCACUACUAAAUGGAAUUCGGCCUUUCUAUUUGUCAGUAUUUUUUCUUGAUAGAUGCAAGACAAAGUAUUCGUUUAGAGUUUUCAAAAGAUGGCUCAGAGAUUUCUGUAUCUAGAAUAAUAAAACUGUAUAUCUAAAUUUGAUUUACUUACCUACAUGGUCUAUUGAUGAACAUUCCACUUUCAUGACUGUGAACUAUAUUUCUUGGCUAGUGUGUGGGAAUCCCCUACCACCACCUCCCAGAUUCUGAGAAUGAAUAGUUUUGCUUAUCAAUCCAUGUUAACAGUAAUUUAUUAAGGAAACAGAUGUCACAGCAACAAUUUUGAAUAAGUUUAUUCUAGUAAUUUCUAUUCCUAAAUACUCCAGAAAUUAACACAUUGCCUUGCCUGUGCAAGUUUUUUUUAAAAAGUAUUAGCAUGACAUUUUUGACAAUGAAAGGUAUGGAAAGAACUGCAAAUGGUGUAGCUGUUCUGUAUAUCUACCUGUGAACCCAGGCACUGUCUUGAAAGAAGUUAACAUAUUUCUUUGACUAUUUAGCAUCUUCCAUAUCUCUUGUAAGAAGCACAGAGCUGC